AUGAAGGCGAGAAGAAAUAAAAAACAGGUCCCAAGCUUUAGGAAGUUGAUAAAAACCAGUAAAGUCAAACUUGAAAACAAGCUAAAGAAUAAGCAAUUUAAACAACAAAGCAAUCUCAAGAAGUACCGAAAAGAACAGAGGAAACUACGGCAAGCUGUAAAAGAUGCUGUGUCUAAGAAACCCAUUCCACUGGAGGAGCCGAAGAAAAAACGACCAGGUAAAAGGAUUGAGAGGGAAGAGGAGGAAGAAGAGGAAGCCCUACCUUUAGAUAUGAUGGAUGAAGAUGACUUACAGUUAAUGAAGGAUUUAGGACAAAGAGCAUCUUUUCUAACGAGAGAUCUUUCUUCGAGUGAACCUGUUCACGCCAAGAAACGAAAGCAUGAGAACAUUAUAGAUAAAUAUGAAAAAAUACCACGAUCUCUGCAAACUGCACCAGAGAAGGAAUUGAUUCACUUGCUUCCUAUCAAAGAUAAAAGUGGUAUAAUCCCACAGACCAGGGAAAAGCCAGUUCUUGACACUAACCAAGAUGAAGAGGAUCAAGAAGAGAUGGAACUUGAGGAAGAGAUAAUUGAAGAGCCUAUUCGAGAGCUGACCAUAGAAGAACAUUUAAUUGAGAGAAAGAAGAAGCUACAGGAGAAGAAACUGCAUAUUGCAGCCUUGGCAUCUGCCAUUCUAUCAGACCCAGAAAGUAAUGUUAAAAAAUUGAAGGAAUUACGUUCCAUGCUGAUGGAACAGGAUCCUGAUGUGGCUGUUACUAUUCGAAAGCUGGUGGUCAUUUCUCUAAUGGAGUUAUUUAAAGACAUUACUCCUUCGUAUAAAAUUCGGCCCCUAACAGAAGCAGAAAAAUCUACCAAGAUCCGCAAAGAAACCCAAAAAUUAAGAGAAUUUGAAGAAGGGCUUGUUAGCCAAUAUAAAUUUUAUUUGGAAAAUCUGGAGCAAAUGGUUAAAGACUGGAAGCAGAGGAAGCUGAAGAAAAGUAAUGUAGUUUCCUUGAAGGCGUACAGAGGACUGGCGGAAGUGGCCGUGAAGAGCCUGUGUGAGCUACUGGUGGCACUGCCUCACUUCAACUUUCACAACAACAUCAUCGUCUUGAUUGUCCCUCUCAUGAAUGACCUGUCAAAAUCGAUAUCUGAAAUGUGCUGCGAGGCAGUUAAGAAACUUUUUAAGCAAGAUAAAUUAGGCCAAGCUUCCCUUGGAGUAAUCAAAGUGAUCUCUGGAUUUGUGAAGGGCAGAAAUUAUGAUGUUAGGCCAGAGAUGCUAAAAACAUUCUUGUGCCUAAGAAUCAAGGAAAUAGAAGUGAAAAAAGAUACAGAGGACAUUAAUAAACCAAAAAAAUUCAUGACUUUCAAGGAAAAGAGAAAAAACCUAUCAAGAAUGCAGCGAAAGUGGAAAAAAGCAGAAGAGAAGCUAGAGCGAGAGCUUCGGGAGGCGGAAGCCUCAGAGAGUACUGAGAGAAAACUGAAACUGCACACGGAGACUCUGAACAUAGUGUUUGUCACUUACUUCAGGAUACUGAAGAAGGCCCAGAGGUCCCCUCUCCUGCCAGCAGUUCUAGAAGGUCUUGCCAAGUUCGCUCACCUUAUAAAUGUGGAGUUUUUUGAUGAUUUAUUAGUAGUUCUACAUAGUCUCAUUGAGUCUGGUGACCUAAGCUAUCAAGAAAGUCUUCAUUGUGUCCAGACCGCUUUUCAUAUUCUUUCUGGGCAAGGUGAUGUUCUGAAUAUUGAUCCAAUGAAGUUCUAUACACAUCUCUACAAAACACUGUUCAAGUUACAUGCAGGUGCGACCAACGAAGGGGUUGAGAUUGUGCUCCAGUGCCUCGAUGUCAUGCUCACCAAGCGCAGGAGGCAGGUUUCCCAGCAGCGAGCCCUGGCCUUCAUCAAGCGCCUCUGCACCCUUGCUCUUCACGUCCUUCCCAACUCAAGCAUUGGCAUUUUAGCAACCAACAGGACAUUAAUGCAUACUUUCCCCAAAACAGACCUGUUGCUUGACAAUGAGUCCCAGGGAAGCGGGGUCUUCCUUCCUGAGCUGGACGAGCCCGAGUACUGCAAUGCCCAGAACACGGCUCUGUGGGAGCUGCAUGCUCUGCGGCGGCAUUUCCAUCCCAUCGUGCGGAGAUUGGCAGCUCACCUGAUCGCGGGAGCCCCUCUGGAAGGCUCUGAAGCACUCAAGCCAGAGUUGAGCCGAAGAUCGGCCGUGGAGCUCUUUGAGGCUUACAGCAUGGCUGCAAUGACAUUCAAUCCUCCUGUGGAAACUUCCAGCCCCAAAAGGAAGGAUAAAGUUUUACAAGGGGAUUCAUUUUUGAAUGAAGAUUUAAAUCAGCUAACCAUAAGACUUAGCAAUGAAGCCGUUACUCAGUUGCCUCUGGAUUUCACCAAAUGUUUGAAGACGUCACUACGGUAG